AAUUUGGACUGCAAGCGGCACAGGUGAGAACACCGAAAAAGGAAAGCACUAAGGUGAGCUACUCUGCAGUGCUCUCCGUUUCGUUCCUCGACCACCAUGUCCCUCCUUCCCUCCAAGCUAAUGGAAGGAGAUCAAGCAGACAAGGUCGACAAUGUCUGCACGCCGGAACACUGUUUUCGUGCUUUCGAUGCAUUGUACUGCUCCCUAACAUCCAGCGAGCCGAUCUCACCUAAUUUCGCUGACGAGAAAUAUCCAUUAUUUGUGACGUGGAAUACCAGGUCAUCCCGCUCAGGCAGAUCACCCAGACUGAGGGGCUGCAUCGGCAACUUCGAUGCUAUACCCCUUAGGGAAGGUCUUGCAGAAUACGCAUUGAUCAGUGCAUUCAAAGACUCUCGUUUCCGGAAAAUAGAACGUCGAGAGCUGCCGUCUCUCGAAUGUGGAAUAUCCCUCUUGACGGAUUUCGAAGACGCAUCGUCAUAUCUAGAUUGGACCGUUGGCACUCACGGGAUCUACAUUAGCUUCCCGAACCCAUCAUUAUACCCACCGUCUUCGAGUACACCUUCUCCUCUAUCUUCGUCAGCUUAUCUGCCGCGAUUCAACUCCAGAGACACUCUGACCGCCACAUAUCUCCCAGAUGUCAUGCCUGACCAAGGUUGGGACAAGGUUGAGGCUGUGGAAAGCGCUAUGCGUAAGGCAGGAUGGAACGGCGCCAUCACGGAAGAGACGUUCAGGACCGUGAAACUUCGAAGAUACCAGAGCAGGAAGUGUGUGGUUGGCUGGGACGAGUUCGUCCAGUGGAGGAGGGACAACGGUGAUGAUGAGAUCUCAUGAUUAGAUUUCAAUCACUAUUGCAAUGUAUCAUCAUCAAAUUGUCGCAGCUUGUACAGAUAUUAGGGUUGGAUUUGUAUGUACCCGUACGUGAAUAGAUGCAUUGUCUACAGCA